AUGGACGGCACCAGAACCACCCUACUUCUUCUUGACUUCCAUAAAUUCAUAGUCUCAUCACAACCGUCCUCCGGUCAACGUGCGCUUACAAAAGCAGUACAUCUACGAACAUGGGCACGAGCGCAGGGAAUGCUAAUAGUGCACUGUAUGAUCGAUCUCAGGGCUGUCACCGCCCCUGAACGCAAAAUGGCUACACGCGCAAACGGAAUCAAGACCAAGAUGAGCAUCGCCGACCCAGGGAGUAGAGGUGAACCGGACGAAAUUGCUGCUACAUCUGAUGAAUACAUUUUCUGGCGUCCACCAAGUCACGUCUCUGCGCUGGGAUCGUAUGGACUUCAGGAAUUCUUGCACCAGCAUGGUGUGAAGUCCUUGUUGCUGGCGGGAUUUAGCACUUCUGGUUGUGUGAUUAAUACUGCAAAACAGGCGGCGGAUUCGGGUUUUAUUACUACGGUCAUUUCGGAUGCAUGCGGUGACAAGUCAGAAGAGGCACAUGGGGUUAUUAUGGAGAGGCUGUUGAUUGGGCAAUGCCAUGUUGUUGAGGAAGAGACGUUCGUCAAUGCCUGGGAUGGGGACUUUGCAAAGUCUACUGAGAAGAUAGUUAUUACCAGCUCCUAA